AUGGUAGCAUGGUGGAAGUUAAACGGUACAGAAGUCACUCCCAAAGCUGGAUCUCACUACAGCCUUUCUGGAGGCAACCUCCGAAUCAGCCGUCUGAACAAAGACCAAGACGCCGGAACGUACCAGUGCCUCGCCUCCAACUCCUUCGGGACCAUCGUCAGCCGAGAGGCCAGCCUAACCUUUGCUUACUUGGAGAACUUCAAGACUCACAGAAGAAGUUCUGUCUCAGUACGGGAAGGUCAAGGAGUGGUUCUGCUGUGUGGACCCCCCCCUCAUUCUGGAGAUCUGAUCUUCUCCUGGAUCUUCAAUGAGUACCCGACGUUUGUGAAGCAGGACAACCGGCGCUUCGUCUCACAGGAGACGGGGAAUCUGUACAUCGCCAAAAUGGAGCCUUCGGAUGUUGGAAACUACACCUGUGUGGUGACUAACACUGUCACAAAGACCCGUGUCCAGGGCCCGCCCACUCCGCUAGUGCUCCGCAGCGUCGGUGUUAUGGGCGAAUACGAGCCAAAGAUUGAAGUUCAGUUUCCAGAAGUUGUUCAUGUUGCCAAAGGAUCCACUGUAAAGCUGGAAUGCUUCGCUCUUGGAAACCCUGCUCCCUCCAUCGGCUGGAGGAGAGUGGACGGCGUACCCUUCCCCAGGAAAGUGGACAUGAGGAAGGCCAGCGGCGUCCUGGAAAUCCCGUACUUCCAACAGGAGGACGCCGGCACGUACGAGUGUGUGGCUGAGAACUCCCGGGGCAUGAACACGGUGAAAGGAAAGCUCUCUUUCUACGCUCCACCUCAUCUCAUCGAGAAGCCCCAAGACAUCCAAAAGUUCAUCGAUGACUCGCUGGUGUGGGAGUGCAAAGCCACAGGGAAACCGAAACCCUCGUACAGAUGGAUGAAGAACGGAGAAAACCUGGAAUCUACAGAGGAGCGCGUACAGGUUGCCAAUGGAAUUCUGUCAAUCAGUCGGCUAACCCUGUCCGACACCGGAAUGUACCAGUGUGUGGCUGGGAAUAAGCACGGCGAGGUGUACUCCAACGCAGAGCUCCGAGUCAUAGCUGUUGCCCCAGAUUUCUCUCACAAUCAACUGAAGAGUCAGACGCUGGUGAAAGUGGGAGGAGACAUCCUCAUUGAGUGCAAGCCCAAGAUGUCUCCUUGGGGCGUGAUCUCAUGGCGGAAGGGCAGCGAACCCCUGGAGGGGAGCAGCAGGUAA